AAAUGGCAUUUGUUUGGAAAAACCGCUGCUUACUCUAGAUCAGCUGUAAGGAUAAUGGCUAAAUCCCUAUUAUUAUCCAAUUCUUCUCCCAAAAUCCUAAACUUUCUCUAUAAAUAUACCCUCUCCCUUCUAGUUCAUUCCCCACUCCAAGGGUGUUAAACCAGUUUUGCACUCUUCUUACCAUAUAAUAGCUCAUUUAUCAUACCUUUCAAUUUGUGCCUACCACCUAACCUUUUCCAAAUUAAAAAAAGGGAAAACAAUAAACAAGAAAUGGCUACCUUUCAAAUCCGUAUAUUCAGUCUUCUAUGCCUCUGUUGCUUAAUAUCAAUGGGCCAAGCUCAUAAUACUCCAGUGUAUAAAGAUCCAAAGGCAUCAUUAAACAAAAGAAUCCAUGAUCUCAUGAGCCAGAUGACUUUGGCUGAGAAGAUCGGUCAGAUGACUCAGAUCGAGCGCCAAGUUGCAAAUUACAGUGUGAUGAAAGAGUAUGCGAUAGGCAGUAUCUUGAGUGGAGGUGGGAGUGUUCCAUCUCCUCAGGCUAGUGCCGCUGUUUGGGUAAACAUGGUGAAUGAGUUCCAGAGAGGCGCUUUGGCCUCCCGCCUUCAAAUCCCCAUGAUCUAUGGCAUUGAUGCAGUUCAUGGCCAUAACAAUGUCUAUGGAUCCACAAUCUUCCCUCACAAUGUGGGGCUUGGAGUAACCAGGGAUCCUGAUUUGUUAAAGAGGAUUGGAGCUGCAACUGCUUUGGAAGUCAGAGCAACUGGCAUUCCUUAUACUUUCGCACCUUGCAUUGCGGUUUGUAGAGAUCCUCGUUGGGGUCGAUGCUAUGAGAGUUACAGUGAGGAUCCAGAAAUUGUCGAGGCAAUGACUGAGAUCAUUCCAGGAUUACAAGGAGAUGCACCCAAAAAGGGUGUGCCUUUUGUUGCCGGAAAGACAAAGGUUGCAGCCUGUGCCAAGCAUUUUGUGGGUGAUGGAGGAACACACAAUGGCAUCAAUGAGAACAACACCAUUAUUGAUCGCCACGGUUUGCUUGCAAUUCACAUGGCUGGCUACUAUCACGCUAUUAUCAAGGGUGUUUCAACAGUCAUGGUUUCAUAUUCAAGUUGGAAUGGAGAGAAAAUGCACGCCAACCGUGACUUGGUCACCAAUUUCCUCAAGAAGACCCUUCAUUUCAGGGGUUUUGUAAUCUCCGACUGGCAGGGUAUUGACCGGAUCACAAGUCCAGCCGGCUCCAACUAUCCUUACUCUGUCCAUGCCGGAGUUAAUGCUGGCAUCGACAUGAUUAUGGUUCCUUACAAUUUCACGGAGUUCAUCAAUGAUUUGACUGAACAAGUUAACAGUAAGUCCAUUCCCAUGAGCCGGAUCGAUGAUGCGGUGAGAAGGAUUUUGAGGGUCAAGUUCCAAAUGGGCCUUUUUGAGAAUCCCUUGGCUGAUCUCAGCUUGGCAGACCAACUUGGCAGCCAGGAGCACAGGGAGUUGGCAAGGGAAGCAGUGAGGAAAUCUCUUGUGCUACUGAAGAAUGGGAAAGAAGGUGACAAGCCUUUGUUGCCUCUUGAUAAGAAAGCUCCCAAGAUUCUAGUUGCAGGAACCCACGCCGACAACUUGGGUUACCAGUGUGGUGGUUGGACUAUCCAAUGGCAGGGACAAAGUGGGAAUACCACCAAAGGUAUACACUCUUAUUUUUUAAAUGCUUCCUCUCUCUCUCUCUCUCUCUCUCUCUCUCUAAUUAGUCAACUUCCCAUGUCAGGUACCACUAUCCUCACUGCCAUCAAGUCCACUGUGAGCCCCUCGACCCAAGUGGUCUUCGAAGAAAACCCAAGUGCGAGCUCCCUUAAGGGCCAGGACUAUGAUUACGCUGUCGUGGUUGUGGGCGAGACCCCUUACGCCGAGACAAACGGUGACAGCAUGAAUCUGACCAUGCCCGAACCCGGUCCCACAAUCAUCAAAAAUGUGUGUGGAUCAGUGAAGUGCGUUGUUGUGGUGAUAUCUGGAAGGCCUAUUGUACUCCAGCCUUUCCUACAAUAUAUUGAUGCAUUGGUUGCAGCUUGGCUUCCUGGUACUGAGGGCCAAGGAGUGGCUGAUAAUCUCUUUGGGGACUACCCAUUUACUGGAAAGCUUGCUAGGACAUGGUUCAAGAGUGUAGACCAAUUGCCCAUGAAUGUAGGUGAUAAGCACUAUGACCCAUUGUUUCCUUUUGGUUUUGGGCUCACAACUGAGAAGACUUCAAGGUAGAGAAACUGGGAGUUUGUGUCUUGUAAGUUGGGGUGAUGGGGAUUAAUCACUUAUUUUUUCUGAGAAUAAGUGGGGGGAAUAUUGAUGUAAAGGAUGAGGAAUAUAUUUUAAUUUAUUGAGUUUUAAAGGAAAUGAAUGAGUUAUUUAUAUGCAUUAUUAAGUAAAAAA